AUGCUGUCCCUGUCCAUCCAGGGUCUCGUCGUCUUUGGCAUCGCUGCCCUAUGGCAAGCUUCUGCGACCAUUCUCCAGAAUGGUCAAGUGAAGCCUACAAGCUAUGCUGAGACUCGUAUUAACCAAUCCGAAUACUCGUUCAGGACCUACUCGGCGAACGCCACCGAAAUAUCGUAUCAAGGCCGGUGGGAUUCCAAAUAUGUCUCUUGGUGGUCGGCUCCAGGUAUCAAGUUCGGCUACACGGGGCGGACGGUGGCCAUCACGUUCGGCAACCUGACGACGGAUGGCGUCCUUGUUGGAUACCGCAUCGGGGGGCUGGAUUGGGCCUUUGCAAAUAUAACAGCCGGUUCCACGCACCUCCUUGUUAGCCCAGCCGACCCAAACUCGGGUUUGACUGCGCCCAUCAAUCCGUGGACAUUUGAACUUCGCGUAACGAACUGGGCUUUUGGCAUACAGAUCGACUCCGUCCAUGCCGCCGCCGGCGAAAAGCUUGUCAGGCUCCCCGACCUUGGCCGCCGGAUCGAGGUCAUUGGCGACAGCCUCGCUGCUGGCAUGUACACCUCGUACGAGGGGCUCUCAAGCUGGGCAUACGGCCUCGCUGCUGGGCUGGGCAACACGGAAUACUCUGUGACGGCUUACCCGGGAAUUUGUGCUGCCGACCAAGACUGCUGGGGAAAUCCUCGAGGACAGGUGCACCAAUGGUUUUAUACAUCCGACACAAGCUCUCGAGCCGCAGCACUAUAUGGAGAAAACCCGGAACCCUGGGAUUUCAGCGCGCGGCCAGCCGCCGACUUGGUUGUUAUCAACAUUGGCACAAACGACGGUAACGAGCACAACAAUGUCUCGACCACUGCCUAUAUCGAUGCAUUGACCAAAAUUAUAGAAGGCGUCCACGGAAAAUGGCCCAAGGCCCAAGUAAUUGUCAUGUCACUCUGGCUCGGCUUCUACCAGUCCGGAAACUCGUACUUCCCAAGCGCCCCGUCUGGGUGGGUGAAUGAGAUCAGCCAGAUGGUCCAGUGGUUUAACUCAGGUGACUAUCUGCUCGACCCAGUCAUCUACGACGGCAUCACCAAAAAGACCUCGAGGACGGGCACCAAGGUCGAACCCUUUGUCCACUACUUCAAUACGACGGGUAUCAUGCAGCACAACGACAUUGGGCCGGGGUAUCAUCCCACGGACAUCGGGGCAAUCAAGGUUGCCAGCCACCUACAGCAGUUCAUCAAGAUGACUUUCCAGUGGGACUUGUACGCUACAGGACCAGAGGUCUACCACGACACACUUUACUGGAAUAACGAAGCCAACUACUAA